CAAACAGCUGUUUAUUAUUUACCCCACGGAGGACCAGCGCGUUUGAAUUAUUUUAUUAAUUACAUAAAUUUCACUGAAAAUUUCAACAGAAAGUAUGGCUUUGCGGUUGUUCAGCCGCUCAUUGGUUCCCCAUAUGCGUAGCAUGCAGUGGAAUGCUACUAGAAGGGGCCCUAAUAGUUAUAACAUGAAUCGAGAAUUGGCUCCUCCUGUCCCAUGGGUUUUGGGACAUAACCGGCAUUUGCACGUGCGGAUAACAGAUGAGGAAGCUGGGCUAAAAGCUAAAAGAGAAUCCAACAGGCAUCAAAAUCCAUUCAAGGAAGAGUUCAAGCCGGAGGACAUUACUGAGUUAGUCACGCAGCGCAGGAAAAAUAAAGAAAAACCGAAGGAAAGAGUUCCGGAAAAGAUUCGGGAUUUUGGCGACCCGGAUACAUUUGGUGAUGCGAAGGUAGUCAAUAGUCACCCAGAGGAUCCCGGAGAUGCAGAAGAAGAAGCAUACAUUAACUCACCCACUCGGCGCUCCAAGAAACUUCAGGCUGUGGAGUAUGCUCGUCAGAUCAAGGAUUAUCUGAAAGCUAACCGGCUAAACGAGGCCAUUGCUGUUCUAGAAACGCGAAUGCUGCGUGAGGAUCGGGUCAAGCCGGACAAGUACAUCUAUAACCUGUUAAUAAGCGGCUGUGCCAAGGCUGGCUAUACACGAAAAGCCUUUUCCCUGUACACCAAGAUGCGUCAGCGAGGAUUGCCCGUCACCGGGGGAACAUACACUUCUCUCUUUAAUGCCUGCGCUAAUGCUCCGGCGGCUAGCGAUGGUCUGGCCAAGGCCCAGAUCCUUAGGGAGAACAUGCUGGAGAAGGGAUACGAACCGAAUGUGAAGAACUACAAUGCCAUGAUCAAGGCUUAUGGUAGAUGUGGAGAUGUAAACACGGCCUACAUGCUAGCCGAUGAAAUGGCAGAGCGUCAGUUGGACAUGAAUGCCGAGACGUUUAAUUUUUUGUUACAAGCGUGUGCUGGCAACGCGGAGCAUGGAUUCCGCCAUGCCCUUCUCACAUGGCACAAGAUGCUGCAACAAAGAAUCAGUCCAGACUACUAUAGCUUUAACGCUAUGCUUAGAUGCGUCCGGGAUUGUGGUUUCGGGGAUUUGGAUGCGAUGAGAGAAGUCCUCGAACAGAUUGCACCAUCCGCAGCCCAAAAAAAGGGAGUUCUGCAGCUGGAUGAUGGAGAGAAGAGCGAUUUACCAAGCACAGCUGCUCGAGAAUCUUCCAUUCCUGCACAAAUCGAGGUAGCCACAACAGCCAGCGAACUGGAGCUGCCGAAUCUCUUACUGCCCAGUCCCCAUCUUGGAAGCUUGGUGGCUUUGGAGGAGGUGACGCGUCCCCAUGAACGGUUCCUCCUACUGGGUGGCCUCACAGGCUUCCUAGAGCUUAUGAAACAGCACCAGAUCACCCCAGACAUCGAAACUUUCACCACGAUGCUGGAGGUGAUCCCACCAACACAUGCAGCGGAGAAGCAGUUGCUCGCUUUUGUGCGUAAGAUUGGCCUAAAAGUGGAUAUCGACUUCUUUAAUAUUUUGAUAAAAAAACGAUCGAUGCGGUUCGAUUACGAGAGCGCCAAGGAAGUUCUGUCCAUGAUCCGCACCGCUGGAUUGCGUCCGGAUAUUGUGACCUAUGGAGUUCUUGCUUUGGGCUGUCGCACUCAGGAAGAAGCCAGAGAACUUUUGCAACAAAUGCAGGUGGCGGGCGUCAAGAUAAACAUGCCCAUUUUGGGAGCUAUGUUGCGGCAGGGAUGUGCCCAAAAGUCCUUUGGUUACAUCAAUGAGAUUAUGCAGCUGAGCCUGGAGGAGGGUGUGAAACCCAACGAACCUUUUCUGAGACACCUGUACAACUUCCACAGAGGCUGCGCCAGAGCCAUCGAUGCAAGGCAUCCGUCCACCAAGUCCACAGCCUUCAAAAAGGGACACUCGAAAUUCUGUGAUAAGUAUCGUCUCUACUACGAGGAGGUUGGACUCAAUGGCCUCAAACUUGAAGACGCCAUUGCCAAAGUAAAGGAAAGUCCAUAUGCAAAGUUCAAGGAGCAGACGGAAGAAGGCCUGGAACCCCUUAAAACGGAUCAGAUCAAGCGAAAAACCAAAGUCCGGAAAUACAUAAAGAAAAUAAAGAUAGACCAGCUCCAAGAUGACCCUCCCAAAGAGCCUCUUAGGAGAAUAGAUUAAGUUUUAAAGUUUUAAAGCCAUUAAAGUUUAUU